UAUAUCAUUGCUCUUCCUACUGAUAUUGCUUCAGCUUCUCAAGGAAUUCUAUUAUUUAAUAAAUGGACUUACGAUGAUGUAGAAGUAAAAGAUAUAUCAUUGACAGACUACAUACAAAUUCGUAAUCCAGUUUAUUUACCGCAUACAGCUGGUCUUAGAAUUGUAAAACACGCAUUUGAAAUUAUUCACCUUUCAACUGAUCAAAACCCUAUUCAAGUUUUGGUUGAUGCUAUAAUUAACACUGGUCCGCGUGAAGAUUCAACUCGUAUUGGUAGUGCAGGAACAGUUAGGAGACAAGCAGUUGAUGUUUCACCUCUUCGUAGAGUGAAUCAAUCUAUUGCAUUAUUAACAAUUGGAACACGUGAAUCAGCUUUCAGAAAUGUUAAAAGUAUUGCUGAAUGUUUGGCCGAUGAAUUAAUUAAUGCUGCUAAGGGAAGUUCAAAUUCAUAUGCCAUUAAAAAGAAAGACGAAUUAGGUAAUUAUUAUUUGACCUAUUUAUUGUUUUUAAAAAAAAAUCUAAUACCAACUAAUUGA